AGCGGGGUGGACAGGAGAGAGGAGAAGGGUAAGGUGCGAAGAGUGAUCAGACUAUGAUACGAGCGGUGAUUGUAAUGAACACACAGGGCAAGCCCCGCCUUGCCAAAUUCUAUGAUUUUCAGCCCGCUGAGAAGCAGCAGGAGCUGAUUCGGAGUGUUUUUGGAGUUUUAAGCAGUAGAGCUGAAAAUGUGAGCGACUUCGUUGAGGCUGAUUCUAUUUUUGGACCGGACACAAGGCUGGUCUACAAGCACUUUGCGACACUUUACUUUGUUUUUGUGUUCGAUAGUUCUGAAAAUGAGCUUGCCAUGCUUGAUCUUAUUCAAGUUUUUGUCGAGACACUGGAUAAAUGCUUCAAGAAUGUCUGUGAGCUUGAUGUUGUGUUCAAUUUUAAUAAGAUGCAUACUAUCUUAGAUGAGAUCAUAUUUGGUGGUCAAGUGCUUGAAACCAGCUCUACGGAAGUCAUAAAGGCUGUUGAAGAAAUCACGAAGUUGGAGAGGGCCUCAAACACAAUUUCGCUUGUUCCAAAGUCUGUUUCUGGCUGGCAGGCUCGAUAGCGGAAGCAGAAAUUUCCCACUGUGAUCACUUUGUUUAUGCAUAUUUUAUCCUGGUGCAUUACAAUUCGUUACUUGCAUGUACAUGAAUGUAGCUGUUAAAUUGUGGAUUUUCUUCUUUCCAUGAUGUUGUAAGUGUUAAUUUCAUACUUCAAGGUAAACUCCAUUAAACUGAUUAUUGUUUCGGUUCUGUUAAAAGAAAUCUAAUAAAAAACUUGAUUUUCAUUCCCAGA